AUGCCCCCUUUUGACUUGUACACUCAGUCAACUCGAUUAAACGCUGUUGAAUUCUCAGAAACCACAACAGUGGUUGAUGAAUUGGAAGAGUUUUACAAACCUUUACACCCCCCUCACCCUAUUCUCAACAACCCUCUUCCCAUCGUUACAAAUUCCCUGCCUAUCCCCCAUGAAACCGAACAAGAAGUCAAAGAACUCAAACCAUCAAAAGAAGUAGCAACACAAGAUUUGCGAGAUCCCCCACCAUCUAAAUGUGAAAAAAGCAAGAAGAAGCAGAAGAACAAGAGGGUGAAACACGUGUUGACAGCAGCAGAUGGGGUCUCGGACCAAUGGGCAUGGCGUAAAUAUGGGCAGAAACCAAUAAAAGGAUCAACCUAUCCCCGUAGCUAUUAUAGAUGCAGCAGUUCCAAAGGGUGUUUGGCUAGGAAACAGGUGGAACGAAGCCAUUUGGAUCCUGGAGUUUUCAUAGUUACCUACACCGCAGAACACAGCGAUCCUCACCCACCUCGCAAAAGCUCGCGAGCUCGGAACACCCGAAAGAACACUUCCACAGUUGCCCCUCCAAUAACUCAUGAUCAAGACACUUUCUCUCCACGGACACCUGAGACGGCGGAGUCCAUUGAAGAUGAGCAUGCGCCAAGUGUUGAACGUGAACGAAGUAAGGGUCUUAAGAAAGAGAAGGAUUUUGUAGGUGAUAGUUGA